AUGAAGAACCCUGUGGUGGAGAGUUUCUCUGAGUUUUACGAGAAGUGGGUUUGGAAGCUAGAGGAGAUACUGAAUCAGCUUCUUGAGGUACUGUCAAAGAAGAAAACAGAGAUUCAGGUGAUUAACGAACAAGAGUUGCAAAAACUCGUGUCCAGAGUCACAUCACAUUUGAAGGAAUAUUACACUGUGAAAUGGGCUUCAGCACAUGAAGACGUUCUUGUUUUCUUCUCACCAACUUGGUUGAGUCCUUUGGAGAAUGCUUACCUGUGGGUGACAGGUUGGAAGCCCUCAACGGCUUUCAGGCUACUCGAAUCUCUGAAGAAGGCGGAAAAAGAAGGGGGGAAAGCGUUUGAGAUGACGGAGGAGCAAGAGAGGAAGAUAGAGGAGCUGAGAAUGAAGAUAAGGAUGGAGGAGGAGAAGGUGGAGAGGGAGAUGGAGAGGCAGCAGGUGGCUAUGGCUGAUAGGAAGAUGGUGGAGAUGGCAAAGAUUUCAAGCAGAGGAAGGAAUAACGGUGAUGUGGUGGCAUCAUCAUCGCAGGUUGCUUUGAAAGGAGUAUUUGGUGGCUUGGAGAAGGUUAUGAAGGCUUCUGAUUGUGUGAGACUCAAGACACUUAAAGGGGUGUUGGAUUUGCUUACUCCAAUGCAGUGUGUCCAGUUCUUGGCUGCAAAUAUUGCUAUGCACCUUCGGCUCAGGCAAUGGGGGAAGAACAGAGACGUGGCUGUGAACGAGGAAAAUAUUAUAAUGGGAAAAACAUCUAUCCUUUUAAAGGAUAUAAGCUGA